CACACCAUUGAAGAGCCUCCUUCGGCUUUCAGGCUGUAUACCCGAAGCUAUAUAGCGUGCCGUGCGCGCGCGCUCGUCACAAGUGCCGCGUCUUCGUUGCGUAGUGCCGUGUGAGAUGCAGUGAGUGUUUACGCAGACAGAAAUAUGAGGCUGUCACUGCACCUAGCGGUGGUGCUACUGGCGCUGCACCAGACAUGUGCCGAGCCAGAUAUAUCCAGCUUCCCCAACCAGAACUACGCCGUCUUCGGCGCACCGAUCCGCGCUGACCUAGACGAGGAUGGCUAUUUCUAUCCCAAGCCGAAGAUACCCUUCCCUCAGCCGCAGAACCAGAAUAAUGUUUAUGUGCCGCAGCCGACACAAGGAUAUGUCUAUGAGAGACCUAGCAUACCUUUUAACCCGCCGACUAGGCCUCCGCCGCCGCCGCCACCGCCACCAACGAGACCUCCGCCGCCACCUACUCGACAAACUCCACCCCCAACCAGACCAACGCCCCCGCCGACUAGACCGUCGCCGCCGCCGCCGCGGCCCACGCAAGGCUACAUUUAUGAGCGGCCCAGUACACCUUUUAACCCACCAACCAGACCUCCACCCCCACCCCCAACAAGACCACCCCCACCACCACCUACAAGACCACCCCCCACUUAUUCCACACAACUCCCUGUCUCUAGAACUAGUGGAUACAAUUACCCUAAACCCAGCAUCCCAUUCACUUUCCCAACACCACCAACUACCGCUCGUACUUUUCCUCCAUCCACUUAUUUACCCCCCGUUACAACUACUAGGAGACCACCCCCUCCAUCUACCUACCUACCCCCAGUAACUACUCCUCGCCCAACUCCUCCACCAACAAGACCUACACCACCCCCAACAAGGCAAACUUAUCCCACUUACUCCACCCAACGCCCACAAACCAGAACCACAGGUUACCAAUACCCUACCCCUAGUGUGACAUUCACUUACCCUACAACUAGACGUACGCCUCCAACGACUGCUAGAACUUUCCCUCCGUCUACUUACCUACCUCCUACUACUAGGAGAACACCACCUCCUACUUACCUACCUCCAGUAACUACCCCACGCCCAACUCCCCCGCCAACCACAAGAAGAACACCGCCUCCCACCACUCGACCACCACCCACUAAUCCCCCAACUAUAAGAACCACAGGUUACACCUACCCCACACCAAGCAUAAUCUAUACAUACCCUACAACUAGGCGCCCUCUGCCUCCUUCUACAUACCUACCCCCUACUACUAGAAGACCAUUACCACCCUCUACCUACCUACCUCCAGUAACCACACCCCGUCCAACACCACCACCUACAACUAGGCGACCGACUACUGCUUAUCUACCCCCAGUAACUACGCCAAGACCAACCCCACCUACAACUCGCAGGACACCACCCCCAACCACAAGACUACCACCGACCUACUCAACAAUACUAUACCCUACUAGAACCACAGGUUACAACUACCCCACGCCAAGCGUCAUCUUCACUUAUCCAACGACAGCUAGAACUUUCCCCCCUUCCACCUAUCUACCUCCCACCACAACUAGGAGACCAUUGCCACCCUCUACUUAUCUACCCCCAGUGACUACACCUAGACCCACACCGCCACCAACAACAAGGCCUCCACCACCCCCUACCACAAGGCCUCCACCACCCCCGACCACGAGGCCAACGCCACCCCCUACAAGACCACCCACUUACUCAACCCCAUUACCACAAACAAGAACUACAGGUUACACAUACCCCAAACCCAGCGUUACAUUUACUUACCCAACACCAACUACAACUAGGCGAACUCCCCCCACAACCGCGAGAACUUUCCCGCCGUCGACUUACCUACCCCCAACAACUACCACUAGGAGACCGCUUCCGCCAUCUACUUACUUACCCCCAGUGACUACCCCUAGACCCACACCUCCACCAACAACAAGGCCUCCUCCACCCCCUACCAGAAGACCCACACCCCCACCCACGUACUCCACUCAACUCCCACAAACUAGAACUACAGGCUAUUACUACCCCCAGCCCUCAACCCCCUUCACAUACCCCACAAGAUCAACCACCAGACAACCAGUAUACAUACCACCUUCCACAACCAGAGCUCCUCCAAUCUAUUUACCUCCGUCAACCACGGCGCCCCCAGUAUACCUUCCUCCAUCUACCACAAGACCUCCAUACGUCCCACCGUCUACUACAAGGCCACCAGUGUACAUUCCGCCUCCAACAACCAGAGCUCCCCCAAUCUAUUUACCCCCAUCAACUACCAGGGCACCUCCAGUGUAUAUUCCCCCGUCUACAACCCGAGCACCCCCAAUCUACAUCCCCCCUUCCACGACCAGAGCUCCCCCAAUCUAUUUACCCCCAUCGACAACCAGAGCCCCUUUCAUCGAAGACCAAGGUUACUUCUACGACAAACCACGAGUACCAUUCGUUUUCUAAGUUAGAUAAAAGUAUAUUCAAAGUUGCCAUAAAUGUGAUACCAAAAAGUACUUUCGUUAGUACUUUGGAGUAAGGUUUGUUAUGAGGUCUGGGUUUCGGGCCUAAAAUUUGUUUUAACGAUGUAUAAUAAUUACGAACGAAAUUAUACUCUGUCAAAAUAAAGAAUUUAUGAUAUAAAAUUUAGUCCAUAAUAUAAAAUUGUUAUCCAUCGCUUUAACUAUUACACUAAAAAUCUCAGUGUAAGUAAAACGAUAUGGAUUUACACAUUAACAGAUAACCUGUCAUUUUAAAACAUUUUAUAAUGUAUCAUUAAAUGUGUGCAUUAAAUUAAAUGUAUAAAAAUGACAGUUGAUAACAAUAUCUUGCUAAAUCAAAGAGAUAAAAGAAGAACUGUGAAAAACUUAAGAGGCCAAUUCGAGUUUUAGUUGUUAAAUCGCAUUUCAAUAUGAUACUGAUCUGUCAGUAUCAAAAGUAACGUUUUUGGAUUUGAGUUUUAGCUAUUCGAUCUCAUUCCAAUAUUAUGUAUUACGUAUUUGUUUGAAGGUUGACAUAAUGCGCAUUUCAGCAGGUCGUCCAAAGGAGAUUGGAACCAUCUCAUAUUGGAAUAAUGUCAGAUCCAUGUUAGAUCAGUGUACAGAAAGAAAGAAAAGAAAGAAAAUAUAUUUAUUUAACGCCACAACACAUUACAUUUGGGAAAAGCUCCACAGAACAUACAGAGAAAGAACAUUGGACGCUAAAAUAGGAUUCCCCACUCAGCAUAAUGCCGCGGCAACCCGUGGCGCUGGUUUUCAGUGGGGACCUGACUUAAAACUAUGAUAGUGGCGGCACAUACGUCAAAACAGAAAAACAGACAUUAAAAAAAGUUAUUACAUUAUAUUGUUGGAAUUGGCCUGUUAGUAGAAUAAAAUAUUAAAUAUAUAGGUAUUUUCUUUUUCUUCAGGUUCGAAGGUUCUUUAUUUCGACAGAUAAUUUAGUCUUGGAAACAUCGACGUUACCCGAUUCUAGUGAUAUAUUAAGUAUGUAUUUUAAUUAUUAUAAUAGAAUGGUAAAUACUCAAAAAGAUGUGGAAACAACACUGCCUUUAACUAAUUAUAUUUUAAGAUAGUAAAUUACAUUUUUAUUAAAAAUA